AUGGGCGGUGGAAGCAAGGACGCGUUCACCACGUGCACGGGCUGCGGCAACUGGGCGUGGAAUUGGCGCCUCAAGCGACAGAAGGGUGCCUGCGCCAUCUGUGGCACGCAGAUGCCUGGGUGGACUUCCUCGGCGAACGGCACGUGGUACGCCCCGUGGUGGGGGGGGCAGUCUGCUUGGCCCAAGCUUCCCUCCGCGCCGACGUUGGACGACUACAUGGCCAAGGCGUUGCAGUCUGCUGGCCUGGGCGCGGAUCCCGAGGCGGCGCAGCUGGCGACGCAGCUCGGGGCCUUGGCGGCGGCAAAGAAGCCUGCUGUCGCGCCCAAGCCAGCCUACUCGGUGCUCAAGGCGGCCACGGCGGAGUGCUCCCGCAAGAAGGACGCCUUGGACAAGGCUGCGCGUGCCGUCGAGAGCGCCAAGCAGCAGCUGGCGAAGGCGACCGCGGCCUGGGAGAAGGCCACUGAUGAGAUGGUGGAGGCGGAGUGCGCGCGCCUGCAGGCCCAGGAGCGCGUCGACACGCCCCCUGACAAGCCCGACGGCAUCACGCUCAAGGUCGACCCCGCCUUGUUCGCGGCGCUGGACGAGCUGGAGGAGUCGGACAGGACGGCGCUGGAGAACUUCCAGAAGCAGCUGGAUGAGAUCUCUAAGCAGGCGUCGGAGAAGCAGAAGGAGUUCCAGCUGUUGCUGGACCAGGCGAAGAACGCCCACAAGGAGGCUGCCACCAAGCGGGACAUGCGCGCCAAGUUCCAGGACAACUCGAGGGUCCAGGCGGAGGCGGCAACCCGUGCCAAGGUUGACUCUGACAAGUGGAAGCAGUACUCAGGCCGAGCUCGUGGCCCUGCCUGUUGCUGGAAGUUGGUACGUUCGACUCCUGGACGUGCUCACAUGCGCAAUGAGCAGGCUGAGUGGUGGGGCCUUGUCAGCACGCUGGUCACGCGCUACGUGGCCUUGGUGAGGAACGAUUCUGACCCGCACCAGGCGGCCCAGUGCGUCGUGAAGGCUCGGCACCUGAUCGAGCAGCUGGACGGCAAGUCUGAUGAGCUGUUCUUUGGCAAGAAGCAGGACCCUCAGGAGGCCUUCGUCUGGAAGAGCAUGGUGCACAGCCUGGACCUGGUCGACGCUUCUUCCUUACCUGAGUUACUGGAGAGAACUCGCAGGUGGGCUGAUCUGUCAAAUGCUCGGGCCAUGAUGGCCUCCAGGUCCGCCUUUAUGAAAUGGGUCCAAGAGAUGUGGUCGGCAAAACCUGGGGCCGUGCACAGACACGUGAAACCAACUGAGGCCCCAGUUUGGGAAAGUAAGGACUCCUGGGGCACUGUCACUUCUGACAACCAGGCAAUGCUGCAAGGUCUGGCGAAGGAGUGGCAGACGAUGUGGACCGACCCAGUCGACUCGCCCGAGGACGUUCUGGCGAUGAUGCAGAAGUGUUUGGACGCUGCCAGGGAGGACCCUCUGCCCACCAUCACUCUGCUGGACCUGGAUGCCGUGCUGCCGAAGAUCCCUGCAAAGAAGGCCAAGGGCGUUGAUGCUCUGAGCCCCUUGGACAUUCAACGGCAACCUGAUGCAGCUCGUCAGGCCUUCGUGGACACCUUGAACGCGAUCGAGGCAGCAGGGGUAUGGCCUUCCAGCCUCAGCAGUGUCCUCGGUGCGGCCAUCCCGAAGGAGGCGGGGGGCUGCCGUGUGCUGGGGCUGGUUCCCAUGCCGCAGAAGGCGAUCUAUGGCACUUCUGAGCCUGGAGUCGAUUUACGCCGCCAGCUGCUUCGUGAAUGGGUGGCCUUGUGGUUGUCACAGCCUGGCCUUCAUCCACGGAUCUGCAAGGUAUGGCCCAUCGUGUUGGCGAAACUCAAGCGAGGCAAGGCCGUCUGUUGGAAGGAUGUUCGUGGCCCGAUAGCUGCACUGCAAGCGACUUUGCUGCAAGUUGGUUGGGAUCCCCAGUCGCCUUUGGUGUGGUCUCGCCCCUUAGCAGACGGCACGAUUGAUGAUUGGAUUUUCCCUUCAUUUGGUGACGAGCAGUUCGGCACGGCGGUGCUGGCCCACUUUGAUGACAUGCUGGGCGCCUUCAUGGAUGAUUGUGUUGCGCAGCAGUGGCAGUCAGCUUCUCAGCAUGCGGCUGGCGACGAUCUGGUGGACGGCGCCGACCUGACGACUGUGACCAUCGAGCUGAACCGCUUCGCCAAGCGGAUGCAGUUCGACGAGUGGUCGGCGGAUGUCGCCGUGGUGAGCGGCGGCCAGUGGACUCGGGAUAGGCAGAUUGCCGCAGGUUAUGCCUGCCCGCUGCUGUGCCCCCGUUGUAAAGAAAAGCCUGAGACUUUAGCGCACCGUAUUUGGACGUGCCCAGCUAACUGCGGGCACGAAGAUUUUGCAAAGACUGAUUUUCUGGUCCCCCAAGCCCUCGCGAGCCUGGACGCGCAGCCCGCGCUAUGGCUUCGCGGAGUGCCCCCGAAGGACCUUGUGGUGCCCAAGUUUGUGGAGAGCUCUGAGGCGGCCCAAAAGCUGGACGCGGCUGAAAACACUGGCCUGCCUGCGGAGUAUGGUGAGGGUUUCGAGGCGGCCUCAGGCACCGCGCCGGGGGGCGCGAGCGGCCCCGGCACGCAGGACAGGGCCCUGGCCGCCCCGGGUGUCCGGGCGGACCUGCAGGCCAGCGCGUCCCCGGAGGGGGCAGAGCGGUUGCUGCGCACCUCCGAGGCGACCAGGCUGCGGCAGGCGCUCGCCGACCUUGCCCUGAACAUGAACGCCGCGCUCGGCGAGGAACGCUCGCGCUGCGCGGCUCCGAGGGCCUCACGCAGGCCUUGCAGGCGCUGCAGGCCGCCCUUGCGGAGGAGGACCCUGCCCAGCGCGGGGCGGCCAGGCUCCGGGAGCCCGAACGGGAGCCAGCUGGCCUCUUCGGCGGCGGCCUCGGUGGACAUGGAGAGGCGCAAGCUCGAGGUUGGCGCGCUGCGGUCGGACCGUUCGGCGGCGCUCGGCAAGGCUGGUUCGCGCUCUCGGGAGGCGGCGCUGGGCGUGGCGGCCAACAGGCGGGGGCAGCUGGCGGCACAGGCGGUGGCGUGUCCAAGGGCAAUGGGCAAGGGCGACAUGCAGCUGGUUCUCGCUGGAGUACCACAGGGUUCUGGAGCAGUCGGCACAUCAGGCGCUCCACUUCCUGCAGGACCUGUCACCAACAUCUCGGUUGCGGAGGCGCACGAGCUGGCUCUUCUUGUGGAAAGGCAGGUGAUGCCAGUGGAGCCAGCUGCCAUGUCCAAGCAGGUGCCAUCACCUCAUCAGGCGGCUCAACAGCAGCACGGGCAGGUGCGCAAGCUGGAGAAGCAGCUCGAGACGGACUUGGCUCGGCUGCUACGUCUCCAGAACGAGCUCGCGGAGCAGGUCGCCAAGGUGCAGAGCGCGAAGCUGGAUCUGGAGAAGGCUGACAAGGAGCACAAGGAAACAGUGCAGAAGCUGGCCGCGGAGUCGAAGGUCAGCACUCAGUCCGAGCCGACGCUCUCGAUUCGGCUUGAGGACUUCAUUUCGGGCAAUGUUGAUGUGGGAGCUUUCAUCAACUGCGACGUCCUGGAGGGCCUGGAUGCGGAGCUGGAGCUCUCGGCUGAAGAGAAAGCUGUAGUGGCCUCUCGCUCGUCGACCCUCUCGCAGGGCAUCGUGGACUUGGCGAAGCAGCUCUUCGCGCAGGCGGUCGAGCAGGCCAAGUCUGCGCAGGCAGCGCACGCUGCCCAGAAGGCCAAGCUGGCGGGCAGGAGGCGCAAGCGCAAUGCUGCAGGUGGACCUGACCAGGGCGGCUGCGCUGGCGGUCCUCCCGCUACACCAGGGCUGCUGCAGCCGGCGAGGAUGUUCGCGCGCGAGCUGCGGCUGCGCUUCAAGCCUCUUCGGCUUCGCCAGCAGCGCGAGGGGGGGUCUUCCAGCAUGAUCGGCAGUGGCUUCAGUCCCUUUGGUUUUCUUUUAGAUUUUUUCGCGCCUCGAGCCUUGUCGAUUGGCUCGAAGGCCAAGCUCGCGGGGAUCAGGCUGUUCAAGCACUUUUUGCAGGAGCAUUGCCGCAUUGCCCCGCGCGGCAUCGAUGAAUCGCGGUCUGGAUUGCUCGGGUUGGAUAUCGACUUAGAGCGCGAUCUCGCUGAGCGCCGGGCCUUGCGCUCGGAGAGUGAUACUCUUCAGGGGGAGGUUGAUCAGUAUUGUGCUCAGGCUGAGGCGGAUGCGACUGCUAAGGUCGGAGCUACGUGGAAGGACUGGGUCACGGAGGGAUUGAAUGGAGGUGUUCGGAACGCUCAGGUGGCCGUUCGUGAUCCUCAGCCGUGGACUCCCACCACCGCACUUCCGGCUGGGGGAGUUGCGUUGGCAGAUCCCCUCCCCCUGCUCGGGGAUUUCGGAUAUGUUCGUCUUUAG